CAUACACAAACUACAUUUUGCGAACAAAAAAUGACUGCUGACAAUAUUGGCGUAACUACAGCUACUCUGGACAAAUAUGGAGAAGAAGACUUUAUUGCCGUGCUAGUACGCUAUGGGCUCUUUGUGGGAGCCAUAUUUCAAUUCGUUUGCAUAUCCGCUGCGGUGCUAAUGAGUGGCAACGAUUCACAGGACACAAUUGAGGAAGAGGCACGCCUUAUCGAUGAGCCAGCGCAAGGCACCGGUAAUGCGGCCCGCCGUCUACACAAAAUACGGAAGCUUGAGAAAAAAAAGCGACGUUAGGAGCACCUAAUUGGGCCGUAAUAUAUUUUUAAAAUA